AUGGCGUCUUGGGACCAACUGGGCAAUGUGCUGCAGGAGAUCCACAACCGGAACUACGGCGCGUAUCACGAGCUGGAGCGCGUGUUCCAGUACGACAAUGGCCUCCGCUUCUCGCUCGAGUUCGACCACAUCCAGGGCGACCCGUACGCCAGUCCAUCGCGCGCGCACGUGACGGUCUCCGCUACGUCGGCCGCGUUCCCGGCCGAAAUGUAUGGCGACAAGACGCGCAACGUCGCUCUAUGCGACUACCUGACUCGCACCUUUGCGGCCAGUGCCCGCCGCUGCGGGGCCGACGCCAAGGCCGUCAGCGAUUCGUGGCAGGGGGCCAAGGGCGGAGAUAUCUCCAUUGAUGCCCCAGGCCAGCACGUGAUUGAGCGAUCGAGCGUCAACGUCUUGGCCAAUGGAGACGUCGAGGCCCGCUUCAACAUCAACCUGCCGGCCCGCGGCCGCAGCAUCUGCGGAGACUGGGCCUACACCAUUCUCGUGGAGACGUUGCCCAAGCUGGUGGAACAGUCACUGGUGCUCCGGAGUUUGGACGUGGCCCACUUGUGGGAGCACCUGCACUCGGUGGAAGACCAGGAGGCUCUGAGAGGGAUGCUGAAGGGCGCGGGGCUCGUGGGCUUCGUCCAUGAUGGAGCUAUCCUCCCGCGUCAGUCAGGAGCAUCGGAUCUGCCGUUGAGCAGUGAUAAGGCCAUUCCGUUCAAGUCGCCCAAGUUGCUCAGCAAGAAGUUCACGCUGCCCAACUGCGGAGUUGUCACGGGAAUGGGCAUCCCGCAGGGUGUCACGCUGUUCGUGGGCGGAGGUUUUCACGGCAAGAGUACGGUGCUCAAGGCCCUCCAGGUCGGCGUGUACAAUCACGUGCCUUCGGACGGACGCGAGUUCGUGGUCAUCGAUCCGAACGCGGCCAAGAUUCGCUCGGAGGACUCGCGUAGCGUUGUGUGCACUGACAUCAGCGCGUUCAUCGACAACUUGCCCUUCAAGCAGGACACGACCCGGUUCUCGACUGCGGACGCGUCUGGUAGUACGUCGCAGGCGGCCAACAUUGUCGAGGCGCUGGAGGUGGGGGCCACGACGUUGCUGAUCGACGAAGACACGUGCGCGACCAACUUCAUGAUCCGCGACUGGAAGAUGCAGCAGCUCGUGGCCAAGGACAAGGAGCCGAUCACACCUUUCAUCUCCAAGGUGCGAGCACUGUACACGCAGCGCGGAGUGUCGUCGGUGCUGGUCAUCGGUGGAGCAGGCGACUACUUUUCGGUCGCGGACCAAGUCAUCAUGAUGGACUCGUACGAGCCGCGUGAUGUUACCGUGGAGGCCAAGAAAAUCGCCAGCGAGCACGUAGAGAUCCGACAGGACGCCGAGUUCGGUGGUUUCAAGCCGCGUAUCCCUCUGAGUCGUGGCUUUGAAGUCAACGGCAAAGUUGUCUCGCGCGGUCUCGGCAAAAUUCAGUAUGGCGAGGUGGACUUGGACUUAGCCGCCGUGGAGCAGCUCGUGGAGCCCAGCCAAGUGCGCACCAUUGCCGACGCUAUUCAGAAGGCGCGUUCCUUUAUGGACGGCAAGCGCACUCUG